AUGCUCUCCAAUCCUCCUCAAUCGGGCGGCGGCAUGCACCCGCGCCAGCGCCAACACCGAAGACAAAUCUCCACACCCACAGCCUUUGAAGCCGUCAAGAUCGCGCCACUGCCCAACUUUUCCCAGCAGCAGCAACAACAACGCCAACCUAUCGCCCAUCGACGAGGUCUGAGCCUGGAUACUCGACGACAGCAGCAAUUCGUGCCCACGACGCCCACAUCAUCCUCUGCUCGGCAAGAGUAUCUCGCUGCCCGACAUGAGUACAGCAACCAGAUGGCAGCGAUGCCGCCAGUCUCUUCUUCCAGCCCCGCCGUUCCCACCACACCACAGCAAAUCCUUCGAGAGAACCAGCAGCGACAAAGCCUGUCGCGUCCUGGCACGUCCGGCACCGACCACAGCGACACCUCGUCCAACCACUCGUUCCAGUCCUUCCAUGACAGCAGCGACGCCUUUCUCGUAUCGCCAAACGUGACGCCCAACAACCAGCGGUUCGUCGAUGCCCUGGCCAGCCCUGCGCCAAUGGUGGAGAUGAGCCCCCUACCGUACGAAGCCUACAUGAACUCGAUGGGCAUGAUGAAGAACCAGGCCGCGUUUGGCAGCAACAGUGGGAUCGACGUUGGUGGGGGGAGUUUUGACUUUUACGCCCAGGGGGAUAGCGCGCUUUCCACGCCGACGUUUCUUACUUUUCCCGAUUCUAGUCCUGCGAGCACGGGUCAGGGUGGGUGGAUUUCGGAGGGGGAGACGGGGUCUGCGCAGAGCCGUAGGAACUCACGCAGGAUAAGCAAUGGGAUUAGUGAUAAGGUGGCCAAGUUUGAGAACAUGAUGAACAACGGCGGCGACCUUCAACAUCGGCCGGUGACACCUUCCAAUCAUCAUCAGUUUGUUGCGGGAGGGGAGAUCAACCAGUGGGCUGCCGGGGUGGACAAUGAGAGUUUUCCUCCGACCCCGACUGAGAUACCGGCGGAGCAAGAGCAGCAGCAACAGAUCCCGAGCAGGUUUCGCGAUGAUUAUGAUGAGAGUAUGGAGGAGACGCUCAAGCCUGUGAGGGGGAAUAAGCAUAAUAAUCGGAAUUCGGGGAUUUUCCAGGAGCUGAGGCAGCAGGCGGAGCAGCAAGCUGCUGCUGCUGCUGCUGCUGGCGGUGUCAGUCAGACGCCGCCGCCGCCGAGGGGAGGGGUGAUGGGGGGGUAUGGUGGUGGGAUGCAGCAGGGGUUGACGCCAGAGUUUAUGAACAUGCGGAGCAUGAAUGCCGAGUUUGUCAAGAUUGAGCACAAUUUUGAUGGGUUUCACUUUGGGAUGGCAGGGGGAGGAACGAUGGCGCCGCAGAUGGGGGGUUCGGUUGGGACGGCUCCUGCCGGGGGUAUGAUCAACCCGGGUGGUGGUGGUCAACUGGAUGGUGAUGGACAGAAGGCGACGCUGCGGCACAUGCCGCUUACGGCGGCGAGUCUGUCGCGUCAUAGCUCGCCUCAUCCAUCGUCGUUGCAUCAGCACCGCCGAACGGAGUCGAUUGCUUCUCUGGCGUCUGCGGCGUCGAUUGCGUCGAUCAACAUUGAGGAGACAAAGACUGACACGGGGGUCACGCUGGAUGACAUUGCGCAGUAUAUCCAGGGACCUGACCCUUCGGAUGGGAAGUGGGUGUGCUUGUACGAGGAGUGCAACAAGCGGUUCGGGCGGAAGGAGAAUAUUAAGAGUCAUGUCCAGACGCACCUGAACGACCGCCAGUAUCAGUGUCCGAGCUGCCACAAGUGCUUUGUGAGGCAGCAUGAUUUGAAGAGGCAUGCCAAGAUUCACACAGGGAUCAAGCCUUAUCCGUGUGAGUGUGGGAAUAGCUUUGCGAGGCAUGAUGCGUUGACGAGGCAUCGGCAGAGGGGGAUGUGCAUUGGGGCUUUUGAUGGGAUUGUGAGGAAGGUGGUGAAGAGGGGGCGGCCGAGGAAGGACAGAGGGGACGGGGGGGAAACAGAGAGGAGGGAGAAGAAGGAGAGGGUUAGGAAAGGGAAGAAGGAGGAUGGCGGGGGGGAGGAGAUGAGCAGUGCGAGUAGUCAGAGUGGGUAUAGUGAGAGUUGCUCGAGUGUUGGGUCGCCGAGGGGGUAUGAGGAGGACUUUCCGGAUAUUUUGGAUGUGGCGAUGACAGGGGGUGGUAAUGGGGGGAGUGGGACUGCGACGAUGGAUCCGGGGAGUUUGAGUUUGGGACCGCCGGGCGGUGGGGGUGGUGGUGGGUUGAGUAAUGCGCGGAUGCCGCCUGUUCAUCCGAUGUAUAAGGGGACGACAUCAAGUAUGGAGGAACAGGUCAGGAGUCCGAGCGCGAUGAGCAAUUACAGCCAUGCCUCGUCCAGGCUUUCAGGGAGGAGGGGGACGGUCGGGGAGGAGUUUGUGCCGCCUCGGCGACAUGGGUCUCCGGCGAAGAGCACGGCGAGUUAUCAUACUCCGCCGGAGCUGUCGAGUAGCUCUUCGCCGCCGCCGACGGGGACGAGUGGGAGGUUUUUUGAGGAUGGGGACAGUCAACAGCAGCCGGUUUCGACGGGGGUGUGCAUGCCGGGUUUUGUGAGCUUGGAUAAUGACAUGUUGAUUGGGUUUGGGGGGGAGGGUGGUCAUCCGCAUGGGUUGGUCGUGCCGGUGCAGUUGGAUCAUGGUGGGCAUCAUGGUGUGCCGGGUUCGAUGGGGAUGCAGCAUCAGGGGUUAAUGUCGACGUUGGGAGGCAAAUUUGAUCCUGAAGGGGAGUAUGAGCAGAUGGGGAUGUUUGGGGGAAUGAAUGGGAUGGGGGUGCCGGGCGGGGAUGUGUUCUUUUCGGGGAACUGA